AUGGGUUACAACCGCUGGAUCUUCAUGGGAGUUCCCGACAACGACCCUUUAUGGUCCUCCGAGCAGCAAGAUCGCUGUUUCGGAGAGUAUUGCUGGAGGACGCGCGGAGCGCAGCACCACCCUAUAUCGUUCAGUUGUACGAGGCGACUCUCGCUAGCUACGAUCAAGCCGGAACUUAGGGAGAACGAGGAACAGCUGGCUGUCGCCUUCUACAAGGCCCUCUGGAACACCUUCCUCAUAGACGAGAAAGGCAAGAUAUCCGGCCAACGCGAGCCAGCCUUUGCGUCUCCCGAGCACACGAACGCCCGACACUUCGUCGACGAACCCCGUUGGGUUAUCACGAAAAUGAAUCUAGAGACUGUUCAUCGAGGGGAGAAAGAGCUCGUACAGCGCAAGGAAUGGUGGCUCAAGGGGGGCGGACAAUACCAGGAGCUUUGGUUCGUGGAAGCUCGCAUUGACCGCGCCCGAGGGCUCGCGGACGUCGGCAUCAGGAUGUGUGGGAGCAAUACUGGACUUGACACUGGAAACCCUAUUUUCCGUAAAUCGAUACAAUUGAGCGUUUUUGCCUCGGCUCAGAAGCUUCUGGAGGAGUAG